AUGAGCGAGCACAGCGAGCUACACGGUGUGACGGAGCAAGAAGCGGCCCGGUCGGUCCUCGUGCAAGGGUUGCCUGUCCUUGAUGUACGACAGCCCACGGAAGCUGCCCUGGUGGAGGUUUUCUCGGUGUACGGACGAGUCUCCAAGCUCCUCCUGCAAACGAUCCAUCAGAGCCAGACCCAAAGAGUUGUCGUGGUUUUCAAACAAUCGGCAGGCGCCACCGCGGCUCUCCAGCAGAACGGCCGCGAUAUCCUCGGCGCGAGGUGCAGCGUGAGUCUGUCGUCCACGCUAGCCGCUUCGAACGAGAGCUUGGACCAAAACGGUGUUCGCUGGCUAGCCGAAAGAGCCGAGAAUGCGCUCAACGGGCGCACCCCGACAACGGCUGAGUGGAUCCAGCUCGUCAUGGAUUCGACCCCGGAGUCCACCAUGGCGACCCUCGAUGAUGACGGGAUCCAACUUGUGACGGAAGAACAAGCGGCUCGGUCAGUCCUCGUGCAAGGGUUGCCGAUCCUCGACCGACAGCGGACGGAAUGUUCCCUGGUGGAGGUCUUCUCGGUUUACGGACGAGUCUCCAGGCUUCUCCUGCAGACGAUCCGACUGAGCCAGACCCAGAGGGCUCUCGUGGUGUUCGCAGAAUCGGCGGGUGCUACCGCGGCGCUGCAGCAGAACGACCGCGACAUUCUCGGUGCGAGCUGCAGCGUGUGCCUGUCGUCCACGUUGGCCGGUUCGAACGAGAGGUUCGACCGCUACAACGUUCACUGGAUGGGCGAAGCUGAGGGUGCACUCAGCGGGGGCACCCCGACCACGGCUGAGUGGAUCCAGCUUAUCUUUGAGCACAUCCCUACGUGCACCGUGGCGACCGUCGAUGAUGACGGGAAUAUUAUCGCGGAGAGCGACGAGCUACCGGAAGUCACGGAGCAAGAAGCGGCCCGGUCGGUCCUCGUGCAAGGGUUGCCUGUCCUUGAUCUACAGCCCACGGAAGCUGCCCUGGUGGAGGUUUUCUCGGUGUACGGACGAGCCUCCAAGCUCCUCCUGCAAACGAUCCAUCAGAGCCAGACCCAAAGAGUUGUCGUGGUUUUCAAACAAUCGGCAGGCGCCACCGCGGCUCUCCAGCAGAACGGCCGCGAUAUCCUCGGCGCGAGGUGCAGCGUGAGUCUGUCGUCCACGCUAGCCGCUUCGAACGAGAGCUUGGACCAAAACGGUGUUCGCUGGCUAGCCGAAAGAGCCGAGAAUGCGCUCAACGGGCGCACCCCGACAACGGCUGAGUGGAUCCAGCUCGUCAUGGAUUCGACCCCGGAGUCCACCAUGGCGACCCUCGAUGAUGACGGGAUCCAACUUGUGACGGAAGAACAAGCGGCUCGGUCAGUCCUCGUGCAAGGGUUGCCGAUCCUCGACCGACAGCGGACGGAAUGUUCCCUGGUGGAGGUCUUCUCGGUUUACGGACGAGUCUCCAGGCUUCUCCUGCAGACGAUCCGACUGAGCCAGACCCAGAGGGCUCUCGUGGUGUUCGCAGAAUCGGCGGGUGCUACCGCGGCGCUGCAGCAGAACGACCGCGACAUUCUCGGUGCGAGCUGCAGCGUGUGCCUGUCGUCCACGUUGGCCGGUUCGAACGAGAGGUUCGACCGCUACAACAUUCACUGGAUGGGCGAAUCUGAGAGUGCACUCAGCGGGGGCACCCCGACCACGGCUGAGUGGAUCCAGCUUAUCUUUGAGCACAUCCCUACGUGCACCGUGGCGACCUUCGACUAGGAUUUAACUUGAACCUUUUUUCGUACGACACUAGACUCAAGGGCAACGCCACUCUCGGGCACCCGGAGAAGGUUGCGGGAGCUCGUCUCUUGUUCGCCGCACUCUUGACCCUCUAGAGUCCACCAGCAAGUCGGGUGCCUGUCUAUGCAUGAAAAUACGCGGGCUGCCAGAAGCCUUAAGACCACCACGCUGGGGGGGAAGGAAGAAGACCGGCAGUGCCACGUGAACAAAGACCUGGACGAGUUCGGCCUGAGAGGGAGAAGCAAAGGGUGUGGAAGUUAAGAGCCGGAACGAUGGAGGAGAGACAGCACGCUGAGGUCGAAGGGAGGGGUGGAAUUUCUUCAUGGCACCGUGGCGCCGGCGAGUGAGGGAGGAAGCAGUGAAGCGCCAGCCGGCGAUGGAGGGAAAGAAGAAAGCCGGAGAGGUUAAAGAAGCACGCACGG